AUGGCGACUUCCUUGUGGUCCAGAUCAAAACAGAAAAAGUUGAUUCUUUUGAUGAUGAUGAUGCUUGAAGAUGACUCAUCAGUUAGUAAAAAAGUUGCCAGGAAAACAUGGGCUCACUUUUGGCUUCUGAGAAGACAGGAGAAAGGGGCUUUUUAUACUAUUUUUCGAGAACUGUCCGUGGAAGAUUCAGACGGAUUUUCUGAAUACAUGAGAAUGCCAUUCGCAACAUUCUCACAAUUGGCAGAUAUGUUAAGUGAAAGUAUAAGGAAACAAGAUACGCCAAUGAGAAUGGCGAUUUCUUCACGUGAGUGUCUGGCACUUACGCUUCGUUUUCUAGGAACCGGAGAGUCAUUUCAGUCACUAUCUUUUCAGUUCCGAAUUGGUAAAGCAACGGUCGGAGAAAUCAUUAUAGAGGUUUGUGACGCAAUUUAUCAUGCUUUAAAGACAGAAUUUCUUCAGACCCCCAAUGAGACAGCCAAGUGGAAAGAAAGUGCCGACCUUUUUCAUUCAAGAUGGAAUAUACCCAACAAUUUAGGAGCUAUCGAUGGAAAACGAAUUGUUCUCCAAAAGCCUGCUCAUGCAGGCUCACAUUUCCACGAUUAUAAAGGUAAUGAAAGCAUCAUAACACUUGUAGUCGCAGGUCCCGAUUAUGAGUGCCUUUAUGUUGAUGUAGGCACAUAUGGACGUAAUCCAGACGAACAUGCUUGGAGUAGAUGCUCAUUAAAAAUGGAACUUGAAAAUCCAGACAAUCCGUUAAAUAUACCAGCUGAUGAGCCGUUACCAGGUUCUUCCAAGCCUGUACCAUUCGUGCUUACUGGCGAUGAAGCAUUUCCUUUAUCAGAGCAUGUGUUAAAACCUUAUCCCAACAGGAACCUUUCCGUUGAACAAAGAGUAGCUAAUUAUAGAAUAUCUAGAGGAAGAAGAAUAUCUGAAAAUCUUUUGGGGAUCCUUGUGAAUAGGUUGAGAUGUUUUAAAGUUCCCUUCUUACUCCAUCCUUCCAAAGUCAAGAUAAUAACAUUGGCUGCUUUGAGUUUGCACAACUGGUUAAGAGCUGUUGCAAGUUCCAGAAAUGUGUAUUGUCCUCCAACCUUGAUUGACAGAGAGGACCGGUGA